AUGCCAAAAUCAGAGAAGAAGCUGCCCUUCACAGCACAUGAUCCUAAAGAUGUGGAAGAUUGCGUAAAUCUUCAGCUAAAAGCUCUUCAAGUCGAUUACAUCGAUCUCUAUCUGAUGCAUUGCCCACUGCCCUUGCAGAAGGCAAAGGACAGCUUUGAUGUGGCCUUAGUAAAUGGCAUGCAGGUGCCUGUUGCAAUAAAUCAUCUUGAUACGUGGCGUGCUCUAGAAAAAUUAUACGAUGCGGGGAAGUUAAAGGUAGGGUACCCACAAAUGGUAUGGCCAGAUGGCGAUCCAAUGUCGGAUCCUGUGGUUGCAAAACUUGCAGCAAAACAUAAGAAAACUGCAGCACAGAUUAUGCUACGCCAUCUACACCAACGUGGAAUGAUUGUCAUUCCUAAGACCGUGAAACCAGAACGUGUAAAGGAAAAUAUGGAUAUUUUCGAUUUCUCACUAAGUGACGAGGAAAUGCAGGAGCUCAACAAUAUAAAGACAAGAACAAGAUUCUUCCUUUGGGAUACCGCCAUGGGUCAUCCCUUCUAUCCGUUCAGUGAUGUCGACCAGUCCAAGUACAAGAUGGCUCCACUUCAUCCAUGA